GAGGACCACGAAAACACCGAGUUUGGCUCAGCACUUUCUCUCCAGAAAGGCGGGCGGAGCCGAAAACCAAACAAACGUCUUCUUAGAGCUUGGGGGCGGGGCAGGCGGGAGCAGACGGAGCCUCCAGAGCCGAAGCCUUCGCGGAGUUGGUUUUUCGGUUGCUGGUCGUUGUGGCCGAGAGGUCUGAGGUCGGGCUGAGACGUGGGGAGCAAUGGCGACCUUUGUGAGCGAGCUGGAGGCGGCCAAGAAGAACUUGAGCGAGGCCCUGGGGGACAACGUGAAACAAUACUGGGCUAACUUAAAGUUGUGGUUCAAGCAGAAGAUCAGCAAAGAAGAGUUUGACCUUGAAGCUCAUAGACUUCUCACACAGGAUAAUGUCCAUUCUCACAACGAUUUCCUCCUGGCUAUUCUCACGCGUUGUCAGAUUUUGGUGUCUACACCAGAGGGUGCUGGAUCUUUACCCUGGACAGGGGGUUCUGCAGCCAAACCUGGAAAACCAAAGGGAAAGAAAAAGCUUUCUUCUGUUCGUCAGAAAUUUGACCAUAGAUUCCAGCCUCAAAAUCCUCUCUCGGGAGCCCAGCAGUUUGUGGCAAAGGAUCCCCAAGAUGAUGAUGACUUGAAACUUUGUUCCCACACAAUGAUGCUUCCCACCCGGGGUCAGCUUGAAGGGAGAAUGAUAGUGACUGCUUACGAGCAUGGGCUGGACAACGUCACCGAGGAGGCUGUCUCAGCUGUGGUCUAUGCGGUGGAGAAUCACCUUAAAGAUAUACUGACAUCAGUUGUGUCAAGAAGGAAAGCUUAUCGACUACGUGAUGGUCAUUUUAAAUAUGCCUUUGGUAGUAAUGUGACCCCACAACCAUACCUGAAGAAUAGUGUAGUAGCUUACAACAACUUAAUAGAAAGCCCGCCAGCCUUUUCUGCUCCUUGUGCCGGCCAGAACCCAGCGUCUCACCUGCCCCCUGACGACGCCGAGCAGCAGGCUGCACUCCUGCUGGCGUGCUCGGGGGACACGCUGCCCACAUCUUUGCCGCCGGUGAACAUGUACGACCUUUUUGAAGCUUUGCAGGUGCACAGGGAAGUCAUUCCUACACACACUGUAUAUGCUCUCAACAUUGAAAGGAUCAUUAUGAAACUCUGGCAUCCAAAUCAUGAAGAGCUGCAGCAAGACAAAGUCCACUGCCAGCGCUUGGCAGCCAAGGAGGGGCUUUUGCUCUGCUGAAUUAGGAUUUGAGGGUGUGGGACCCUCAGCAAAUUCAUUGAUUAUUGAGAAUUGAAUGUUUUGGGGGUCCACAUUUCAAGACUGAAGUGUGUAGAGUAAAUAUAACCUUUCCUAUGGAAAUGUGAUAGUACAUUUUGUGUUGCUACUGUGAAGCCAUUAACAAAUCUGAUUUUAAUAAUGACCCAUAUCUCUGUAUGUAUGUGUGUGUGUGUUCCCAGUUAUGGGAAUAGGCACUGAGAAAGUUCUGUGCCUGGAAUGGUGCUGUUUAGACAUCUGAGGCCUAUCCUGUGGUCUGCAUGUGAGGUAGGUGACAUUCUAGAACAAAGAAGCUGUUAUAACUUAGUCCCCACGAUCAGCAGGACAUCUGUGUGUUUAGAGACGUCACGUAUUCUGUAUCUGGCAAGUCUAAAAUUUCUGCUUUCCUCCUGAAGAAAGAACUGUGCUUUUAACACAGUGUUAAAAAUCGGUUAUCAUUUUUAGUGACCAGUUUUAUAUAUAUAUAUAUAUAUAUAUAUAUAUAUGUAUGUUUUGUGACCAGUUUAAUUUUUAACAGGUAUAGGUAGUUGCCUAAAGAUUCAUUACAACUCCAUAGAAAAUAAGACUUAGAAAUGCUGUGCUAUUAGACAAAAUAAAGUCCUUUCUUUAAAUUAAAAACCAAAUCAAAACAAUCUUAGAAUGUAAUUAACCUUAUAAAAUAUCUUCUCAUAACUCAUUUCUUUUAUAGAGUUGUUUUGCCCAAAGACUUUGAUUGGCAGGUUCAUCUAUUAAUUAUUCCUAUAGACUGUUUUAAGAAGUCCAUGUAAACAUAUUGGAUUUAUACUUGGUAAUUCUCCUAUUCCUAUGAGAUACCUUUUUCUAUACUUUCAAAUGGCAGUGUUACGAAUAACUGUUUGUUUCUUUAGAGAUAUGUUGCUUUUUAGUCAAGAGGUGUUAUUGGUGGAUACAUUAGAAUGUACAGAUGGGUUUAAGUAGGUCUGAAUAAUAUAUGUAUAGAUACGUAUAUAUGGUUCAAUAUCUGGAUCUGUGUAUUUGGUUUUGUACUUUAAAUGCAACAAAUAAACCU